AUGGCCGAUCACGGCGCCUCCAAGAUUAACCACGACAACCACCUCCUCCUGGACCAACCCCUCCUCCGACUUCCAUACGAGCUACUACGCAAGAAUAUCCGAUCGGCGCACUAUCAUAUCGAGUGGGAUACGAAUGCUGUCAAGGACCUGCUCAAAGAGACCGCCACCAACUCCAUCAACCAGAAAGCAUCCAAACAAGAUGUCGUCAACAACCUUGACCAGAUGCUGGCUAGAAUGCGCGGUCUCAAGAGGAAGUUGAGCACCUAUGCCGAAGAGGAAAAUCGCUUGUACCGCCAGUCGACCGCCAGGGUCGCACACCUUCGAGAGCUAUCCGACGUGCACACCGUCGAAGAUGUCAAAUACGAAGCCUGGUCACGUCAGCGUCUUGACCGCUUGGUAGUCGACUACAUGCUUCGACACGGCUACAAUAAGUCCGCCAACGCCCUUGCCGAGGAGAGAAACAUGCUCGGGCUAGUCGACAUCGAUACAUUUGUUGCCAUGAGCAAGAUCCGGCAGUCUCUGGAGAACGGCAGUGUGCAGGAGGCACUCGUUUGGUGCAACGAAAACAAGAAAGAGCUUCGCAAGAUGCAGUCGAAGCUCGAGUUUGAGCUACGUUGCCAACAAUACAUCGAACUCAACCGCAGCUCUUGCCCCAAGCUGGAGGCUAUUAACCAUGCCAAGAAGCACAUUAUGCCCUUUAGCAAGACCUACCCAACAGAGGUCAGCCACAUCGCUGGCUUAUUAGCUUACCGCGCUGACACGCCUCACGAACCCUAUGCCUCUCUCUACAGCUCAGCUCGAUGGAAAAAGCUUGCCGAUUUGUUCACCGACGCCCACCUUAAGCUGCUCGGCCUUCCUCAAUUUCCGCUUUUGCACAUUGCUUUGUCGUCUGGCCUUUCAGCCCUCAAAACGCCAGCUUGCCACAGCAGCCAACAGAACCAGAGCCACCAAGGGCAAAAAUCACACAAGUCAGCUACGCCGGGCCCGGGGCAAGGCGAGGAGCAAGAAUCACGAAGUCAUGGCACGGCAAGUCUACAAACGAGCGUCUGCCCAAUCUGCUCGACUGAGCUCAACGCCCUGGCUCGUAACGUACCAUAUGCCCAUCACAGCAAGAGUCAUUUGCUGGAACAUGACUUGAUGCUGCUGCCAAACGGGAGGGUGUAUGGCAAGGCGCAGCUCGACGAAUAUGCGGAAAAGUCACGGCUAGCCGCGGGAGAAGUCAAGGACCUGGUAACGGGAGAGAAGUUUAGGGAGGAUGAGUUGAAGAAGGUUUUCAUCACUUGA